AUGGCAUCUAAAAUUUUCAAAAACAACAACGGCCCUUCUCAGGGCCAACACAAAAACGGCCUUUCUAAAGGCCAAAGCGCAAACGGCUCUUCUCAGAGCCAGCCAGAGAGGGACGUAAUCGACCUGGCGUCGAUGCCUGGAGGCAGCCGUCAAGAUGUGACGGAGAGGGAUCGGAGCCCUGUUGAUCUACGGAGGUCGGAGCUUAAGGACCCCGUCGUCGAAAACCAGAGUGAAUCCGGAGAGCAAUCAAGACGAUAUCACCGGCUCUCUGAUGAAACAGAUUCUGAUGAGAAUGUUGAGAGGGAACAAGCUAAUAAAAAGUCAGCUCGGAAACGAAAUAUCGUUUUUUCGGAUGAAGAAGCAUGGCACGUGAACCUGCCAAAAAUCAACACUGCACGCAGAGGCGGGAAAUGGGGCAAGGCAAAGGCUCGCACAGCAAAUGCGAGCGUCGCUAAAGCCAAGUCCCUUGGGGCACAAGUGGGUAUUGCCAAAGCAAAACUGUUGCUGCAAAAUAUAGAAAGAGGGUCUGCUGAUAAAGACAGCAACAAGCAUGCCACACGUGUGCAACCUUUGGAACAGGAACAACCGGUGGACCAGAUCAUGUCAGAUGGGGAUGGAGCAUAUGAAAUCAUGGACCCAGAGGGCCGAUUAUCCCCAUCUGCUGACGGUGAUGUGGCGGACGUUGCCCGAAAGGCAGCGAAAUUGGUGCUGCAUCAGGUCAAGAAGUGUAUGAAUAUCAAAGGGACGAUCCGCGGUCAAAUAAAUGAGGCUUGCCAGCUAAUUGUGAAGGCGAUGAACACACUGGACUCGCGUGAGGCUAACGAGGAGCUGAAUAUCCUCCGAGCAUCCAACAAAUCGCUAAAGGAGCAAUUAGCCCACGCGACUAGCGAGGUAAAGGCGUUAAGAAGGGCCUUCUCCGAGCGGAACAAGGAGGCCCCGUCAGGCGACCUCAGCCUGAAAACACCUAAGGCUGGCAACAGCAUGCUGACCACCGUGACGCAGGCUUUGUCGGAGUUCAGAGAGGAACUAUCCGCGAGUCUCCAUCGCUCGAUAGGUAACAUGGUGAAUGCGCGUAUUGACGACCUAAAGAGCAGACUCCCCCCGGCGCCGAUUGCUCGGCCGCCAUUAGCGUCGGACCGAAGAAAUGCAGAUGCGGAAAAUGCUGCAGUCUCAUCUUCCCCUAGAGACCCAGUCAUUGAUCUGCCGGAUGAUCCCUGGACCCCGCUGCCAGCCCCAGAGCCUGCUUCUAGAGCCACGAAAGCCAGGAAAGUGGCAGAGGAACCGGCCAAAUCAUCAGGGUCAACACUAAUGCCCCCUGCAAGGGCUGCACCGGCCCCUAAAGCGGGGCCCAAGAAGAAAAAAGGGGCUACCAAGCAGAUGCCCCAAGAGACUUCUCCUCCUGCGGGAGAUAUAAUACCUACCCCGGCUCCCCGAGCAAAGAGGGUCCCCCAGGCGGCUACGCAAACACCACCGACUUCUUCUAAUGAGACAUGGACAGAAGUCUUGGGCAGGAAGGCAAGGAAAAAAGCCGUGCAGUCCACGGCAGCAGCCGCUAAACCAGCUGCCAAGCCGAAACCGCGAAAAUUGGUGGCCCCAUCGUCCGCGGCCAUAGUACUGGCGUUAAAACCAGAAUCAGAGGCCACCUAUGCCUCGCUCCUGUCCAAGGCAACAACGUCGUUUAGCCUCGCUGAGGUGGGGGUAGAUCACGUCAAUGUCCGUAAAACUGCUGACGGAGCGCGUAUCAUAGAAGUUGCCGGCACGGACAACGGUAGAGCGGCAGAUUUAAUUUGUGAAAAACUGGAAGGGCUGAUCGGCAAUGAUGCGAGAGUGUACCGACCAAUUAAAAUGGCCGGACUUAGAAUCUCAGGCAUCAUUGAGUCUGAAACAACCGAGUCCGUUGCAGCGGCAGUGGCAACUAAGGGUGGCUGCAAAAUUGAAGAGGUCAAGGUCGGGGCCAUACGAACUUCUUACAACGGAACGGGUUCCACCCUUGUAAAGUGCCCGGUUAUUGCGGCCAACAAAAUUUUAGAGGGGGGUAGAUUACUCAUAGGGUGGACAAGUGCAACCGUUCAAGCACUCGAGCCAGCGCCACUCCGAUGCUACAAAUGUAUGGGGGCGGGGCAUACACGUGCAACGUGCCCGUCGCAAAUGGACAGGGGCAGCCUGUGCUUUAGAUGCAGCAAGCCGGGGCACAAAGCGCCUGAAUGCACAGAAAAGCCCUUCUGCGCAGUAUGCCACCAUGCAAAAAAACCAGCGGGCCAUUAUAUGGGAGGUAUAUCCUGCUGCCCCCCACCAACAAAAGGACGUACGGAGCCCGCCCGGAUCCAACGGCCCAACCAGAGGAACACCGAUACGGCUGAUGAGGGACAACAGAUGGAACUGUAA